CUGCUGCACAUUCUCCUGUCUGCCGCGCAGCUCUGCAGUGUUUCUCUCCCCCCUUAUCACUCCAUUAACACAUUUAUUCAAGCAACAAAACCCUUUCAUCCUGACAUGUCGGCCGCCAGCACCGAGACCAGUGCCCCUCUGCCCACCGCAGGCAGCCGAGUCUUUUUCCAAGGUGCGCCCGGUGUGGGCUGCGUGAGCUCCGCUCCUAUCAACGGGGAGGACCCGGUGCAGAAGAAGCAGGGCAAAGUGACGGUCAAGUACGACAGGAAAGAGCUGCGGAAGAGAUUGAACCUGGAGGAGUGGAUCAUUGAGCAGCUCAGCGAGUUGUAUGACUGUGAGGAGGAGGAGAUGCCAGAGGUAGAGAUAGACAUUGACGACUUGUUGGAGAUCAGCAGUGAUGAUGAGAGAGCCAGCAAACUACAGGAAUCACUAAUAGACUGCUAUAAGCCCACAGAGGACUUUGUCCGCGAGUUGCUGGGCAGGAUAAGGGGGAUGAGGAAACUCAGCGCUCCAACCAAGAAAGGCCUAUAAUGGCUUUCUUAUCAGUAUCAACCAGCCAUUAGCUUUCACUCCAGCUUUACCCACUUUCCUCAUACAACAUAAACUGCUAUAAUACAGAAUUAUUUAUCAAAACAAUAGGAAACCACCUAGCAUUACCAUCAUGCAUCACAAUAUCCAUAAUCUGGCAUUAGUCAUUCAUUAUGAAGCACAGUGAAUUAUCACGAUAACAUAAGACUGUUGAGAGAUAUCUACGCACAAAAGAAAAAACAGUGCUUGUUUUUUCAAUGACAGAAUAAAAUGUUAAGCCCAGGAAUGUGCCCAGACUGCAAGUACGUUCAUAACCAGAACAUUACCACUCAGAUCAUGUUAGGUUCUCAUUUUUAACACCAACCUUGCAGAGAAAAAAAAGAGCUUCAACAUAAAAAAAGGAUAAAAAUAAAAUUCAAAAUAGGUGGUUAAAAACUUACAGUAGGUGCACAAUUAACUGUAGCACUAUACAAACACAGUGCAUAAUUAUUUCUUGUUUUUUCCUUUCUUUUACUGGAGUGUCUGCUGUUACGUCUUUUAAAAAAAAACGUGUGUGACCAUUUCUUGUUCACAUGAGUCAAAUGUGGUUUUCUGCCAUUAUUUGUUGUUUUUUUUAACCUUUUUGUCCUCAUUACAUCAACGCGACCAGAUAUGUGGCGCAGCUGUUCUUUUGAUAGAUUUUUUUUUUUAAGCACAAAGCAUUUUAAUUAUGCAUACUGCAUCCGUUUGGUCAUUUUGUAAACGUAUACCUUCUGAAUAGAGUGGAGACAUAUUUAACAAAACACUAUCAAUAUUUUUGCUAGUUAGUCAUCGUUGCGUCUCAGCAAGGCAUGAUGGGUGUUGUAGUUCUCUGGUGGAGACUACAAAACCUGUAUGAUUGGCAGCCUUCCAUUGGUGUGUUCUUCAUGCUCCCUCAGAGGGCUUAUGUGACCCUCUAAGCUCCAACACUGUAUUUUUUUUUUAUCUAAUUGGUUUUAUUUACCUCUGCUAACCUUUUUCUGUGGUAUUUGACAGAAUUGCCUUUAAGGACAUUCGGGUUCAGUUUCCUUUUUGCCAGCGGUAAACCUAAACUAUUAUAGCUGAAAGGCAAAGCUGGUGAGGUAAAGACCUGAGGCCAACACAGGAUGGUUUUAAAGAGCCUACAGACCUUUGUAAAAAUGCCAGUGAUUUGUGAUGUAAAAAGAUAUAGAAGAUGUUUUUCCACUUUUAAUGAAACCAAUAAAUCUUUACCUUUGAUCUUUUCCUGACAUGAAAUGCUGUCGAUUUCUUGGGAAGACAAUACAGUAAGAUUACCGACACGAUAUCAAGGAAAUUUUAGAAAGCAAGUCUAUUAUUGAUAUGACGCGAUAUUUCAUACCAAUCUAAUAUUUUACAUCUAUAAAUGUCAUAAAAAAUGUAUUGAGUAAACACAAUAAAAGUGGGUCAUUCUAACAUAAUGCGGCUAAAACUCACUUACUCUAUUCUAAGAUGACAAUAUUGAUGAUUAUUUGUUUUUGCAUCAGUGCAAUUAGUUUAUCAUUACAUCUAUAUGGAGGAAUGUAUUCUUAAUUACAAUCUGAUUCCAUCCAUUUUCUGGAGAGAACCCAUGCAUGCUCAGGGAUGCAAAUGAUCCCAACAACAUGCAAACUCCAUGCAGGAAGAGCCAGGCUGGGAAUUGAACUCUGAUCUUCUUGCUGCAGGGCUGUAGUGCUGCAGCAAGAAGAUCAAAAUAACAGAAAAUAUGUGGUUCUAAUAUGCUAAGCUACUCUGUUAAAGCAGCUUUUUUAUUUGAUGGCAGAGUUCAAUUUUUGUGUGUAGGAGUUGGCCAUCAUGUUACAUCUAUAUCUGGCAAUCUCUUCCCCAUUCGUCUUUGCAAAAUGCUCCAUACCCUUCCAAUUAUGAGGUUCACCUCUGUGUUUCUCGCACUUUUUUUAUGUAAAGCUCCUGGUGCUCUAGCAGCAGUUUGCGUUUGUAUGAGAUUGUGACACAAAAGGUUAGGAAAAGCUUUGUAGAAGCUGUAUUACUUUAAUUAUUUUUACUUUAUACCCUAAAAUAUCGAUAUUUUAUUCUUCUGUAUCACUUAAAGGUCACAUUAAAGGUGGAGAAUGUUUUUACAUCACAAUAACCUGCCAUUCAGCUAAAGGUGUGGUAACUUUUUCAAUCCAUUGUAAAUGUCAACACUUGAAUUAGUCAUGCUCCUUAAGUGAAGGUGUAUCACAUUCAAAAUAUCAUAUUAUGUCUUCAGUCAUAAAUGUGCAUCAGAGAUUUAAAACAGACUGUUUUAUUUAAGGCUUUAUAAAAUUCCUCAAAGUAGGUACAAACUUUAAGAGUUAAACACCUUAGAGUUUGCAGAAAACAUGUUAUACACACAAGAAUUAAUAAAACUCUGAAUUAAUAGCCUUUCUUUGCACCAACAACUCCAUAAAACCUGUAGGCUCUGAUACAACUAUUUGUCUUUUAUUGCGUUUGGAUCAGCUAUUACAAAGCAGGAGUACCAAAUAGAUAGGAGCAUAGGUUUAAACAUAUGAUUGGAUCCAUCAGCUACUUAAGACAAAAGCAGGGAAAUGUUGGAUUAAAAUAUCUGAGAGGCACCCAUUUUGCAUGCUAACAACAGAUAUUCAUAGAGAAUAUAAUAUAACCAUAUAUUUAAGCAAAAAAAAAAAAGUUUUUAUUCUACAAAAAUCUUUUUUGUAGAUCCUUUACUGUUGAGGCAACGUGAGUGACACGUUAGAAAGAAUCCAGGAAAAAUUUAAAUGGUGCUGUUUUUGAUGUUCUUCUCAGAGUUUAGCUGUUUUAAAAGACGUUCUCACUGUUGAAUGAUGACAGAGAAAUAUGUUUGGAACAAACAUGUUUGUCUAAAACUGGAUUUAAUCUUUCUCAGCUGGUACUGGUCCGGUUUGGGGCCCCAACAUUUAAUAAAGAUGAGAUGUUUGCAAGAUGAAGCCAUUAAUGAAAACUGGGAUAUGUUUUUAUUUUUUUUUUUUCCUUUCGUUCAUCCAAAUAAUUUUCUUUCAAGGAUCAGUUCAGGGACAAGAGGCUGAUAUUUUAUAAUUUAUUGGGUUUCAUGUGGAGAGUGUUUUGAAAGUGACUGUUUUAGAAAGCUUUACAUUUGCAUGAAUUUAUAGAGUAGCAUGUUGAGGGGAAAACUUUUUUUUCACCCAAGUUUCAUAAAUUAAAACCCUUUGCUUUUUAUACAUUUAUUAUGAUUAAUAUUAUUGCUAUUAUCACGGAUAGUAGGAGUUAACUAUUCAGCUUUUAAGCUGAAUGUUGAUUUCUGUACAUCCACAACGAGUAUUCCUGUUUAUAAAUUGUAAUGUGGUGUGUGGUUUGUUUUUUGCUGAUAAUAAAAAUAAGAAAUGCAAACUCCCUAUGCAUUGUUUGAAAAA